AUGGCUAUCAAAACAACUGAAGCAUCCCCUGCUUACAUCCCCACCGUCGACAUUGGUGCUUGGUUGAACCCUGACGCUACCGAGGCAGACAAACAGCAUGUCGUCGACCAAGUCCAUCAUGCCGCCACCACGUACGGCUUCUUCCAGAUUGUCGAGCACGGUGUCACCCCCGAGACACGUCAGCAGAUUCUUGACCUGACCAAGAAGUUCUUCGCCCUUCCCAUCGAGGAGCGCAUGUCUGUUAGCGUCAGCAACUCCCUGGGCCAGUCUUUCAGAGGCUACGAACCAUCAUUGAUUCAGACUCACCACAAGGGUCUGCUGCCAGAUACGAAGGAGACAUUCAUCGUAGGCGCGGAGAUUCCCGCAGACCAUCCUGAUGCAGGCACUUUCUCCUGCGGGCCUAACCUCUGGCCAAAAGCCAUCCCGGACGAGGACUUCCGCCAGCCCGUAAUGGCCUACCAGGCGCAGAUGGUGAACCUGGUCAAGAUCCUGCUCAAGAUUCUGCGCCGCGGUCUCCCGGAGUCAUGGGACUGCGCUCCCGAUGCGCUCGACGUGCUGGCUGAGAAUGCCUCCAUCCCGAUGAGAAUGCUUCACUACGGGCCACAGCCUGUCCGCGACGACAGACAGUUUGGAGUCGCCGACCACACCGAUUUCGGCUGCGUCACCAUCCUUCUUCAGGAACUGGGCACAAAGGGUCUUGAGGUGUGGUACCCGCCGACCGAGACAUGGAUUCCUGUGCCGCCUAAGAAGGACGCAUACGUGAUCAAUAUUAGCGAUACUAUGGAUCGCUACACGGGCGGGUACUAUCGCAGCGCGCGUCAUCGUGUGCUCACUACGGACAGGGAUCGCUACAGCGUUGCCUUCUUCCUCAAUGGGAACUUGAAGCUUGAUGCGCCGGUUCUCGAUGGCUCUGGCGGUCGCAUUGUUCUCGGGGAGCAGAUUCGCCAGAAUGCGAUCAAGACGUUUGGUGGUAAGACGGGCGAUUUGCUCAAGAAUGCAAAGGAGUUGGAGGUGAGAUAG